UCCUCCUCCUCCUCCCCACAUACACCCCCCCCCCCCCUUUCCCUCCCCUCCCUCCGGCAUUUAAAGGGGCAGCGGCGCCAACCCGCGGGACCAUGCCGAACUUCUGCGCGGCUCCCAACUGCACCCGCAAGAGCACCCAGUCCGACCUCGCCUUCUUCCGCUUCCCCCGGGACCCCGUCAGGUGUCAAAGAUGGGUAGAGAACUGUCGAAGGGCAGAUUUAGAAGAUAAAACUCCAGAUCAACUCAACAAGCAUUACAGGUUGUGUGCUAAACAUUUUGAGACUUCUAUGAUAUGCAGAAGUAGCCCUUACAGAACGGUUUUACGGGAUAACGCUGUGCCAACCAUAUUUGAUCUCACAAGUCACCUGAACAAUCCCCACAGCAGACACAGGAAAAGGAUAAAAGAGCUGACUGAAGAUGAAAUAAGAACACUGAAGCAACAGAAGAUUGAUGAACCUUUUGAACGGGAACAGGCAACUCGAGAGUUGAAUGAAAACAAUGAACAAAACGCUGUCCCCGAGGAAGGAGGGGAAGAACAAGAGGAAGAAGCUGUCCCCUUAACACUGGAAGAAAGAGAAAACAAAGAUUACCUUAAAUCUUUGUUUGAAAUACUGAUCCUAAUGGGUAAACAAAAUAUUCCUUUGGAUGGCCAUAAUGUUGAUGAGCUUCCAGAAGGUGUUUUUGCUUCCGAUAACUUUCAGGCUCUACUGGAAUAUAGAAUAAAUGCUGGAGAUGAAGUUCUGAGGAAGCGGUUUGAGAUGACUGCGGUCAACCUUGAGUAUUGUUCAAAAACUCAGCAGAAACAAAUGCUUGAGAUCUGUGAAAAUUGCGUUAGAGAAGAGACACUGAGGGAAGUAAGAGACUCGCAUUUCUUUUCUAUUGUCACCGAUGAAGUAGUAGACAUAGCAGGAGAGGAACAUUUGCCUGUGUUGGUGAGAUUUGUUGACGAUUCUCAUAAUCUAAGAGAAGAAUUCAUCGGGUUUUUACCGUAUGAGGCUGACCCUGAAAUUUUGGCUGUCAAGUUCCACACGACUAUUACUGAGAAGUGGGGUCUAAACAUGGAGUACUGUCGAGGCCAAGCCUACAUCGUCUCCAGUGUGUUUGCUUCUAAAAUGAAAGUUGUGGCUAAGAGACUCUUGGAAAAGUAUCCACAGGCUGUGUAUACGUUGUGUUCCUCGUGUGCCUUAAAUGUUUGGCUGGCAAAAUCCGUUCCUGUUGUUAGUGUUUCCAUUGCGUUAGGAACAAUGGAAGAGGUUUGCUGUCUUUUCAGCCAGUCUCCACAAUUACUGGUAGAACUGGACAACACAAUUUCUGUUCUUUUUCAGAACAACAAGGACAGGGGUAACGAUUUGAAGGAGAUCUGCCAUUCCCAGUGGACAGGCAGGCAUGAUCUGUUUGAAGUUUUAGUGGACCUCCUGCAAGCAUUGGUACUGUGCUUGGAUGCGGUAAGCAGUGACUCAUCUGUCAGGUGGAACACCUGCUUUGCUGGUCGAGCAUUUGUACUUUCAAGUGCUUUAACAGAUUUUGACUUCAUCGUCACUGUUGUCAUUCUGAAAAACAUCCUCUCUUUUACAAGAGCAUUUGGGAAAAAUCUCCAAGGCCAAACAUCAGAUGUGUUCUUUGCAGCCAGCAGCUUGACAGCAGUGUUGCAUUCUCUGAAUGAAGUGAUGGAGAAUAUCGAAGUUUACCAUGAAUUCUGGUUUGAGGAAGCAACAAAUCUGGCUACAAAACUGGAUGUACAAAUUAAACUCCCAGGAAAGUUUCGUCGGGCACAACAGGGGAACUUUGGCGCCGAGGUAACGUCAGAAAACUACUACAAAGAAAUCCUUAGUAUCCCCACAAUGGAGCAUAUUAUUCAAGAAUUAAAAGAUAUAUUCUCAGAACAACAUUUAAAAGCUCUUAAGUGUCUGUCAUUGGUGCCCUCAGUCAUGGGGCAGCUCAAAUUCAACACAUCUGAGGAGCAUCACGCUGACAUGUACAAAAAUGACUUGCCUAAUCCAGACACGCUUUCUGCUGAGCUUCACUGUUGGAGAAUCAAGUGGAAGCACAGAGGAAAAGACAUUGAACUCCCAUCUACUAUUUAUGAAUCACUUCACUUGCCUGACAUCAAGUUUUUCCCUAACGUUUAUGCGUUGCUUAAAGUCUUGUGCAUACUUCCGGUGAUGAAGGUGGAGAAUGAGAAGUACGAAAUAGGACGAAAGCGCUUAAAGGCCUACCUGAAAAACACCUUGACAACACAAAGGUCGAGCAACUUAGCUUUGCUGAACAUAAACUUUGACAUAAAACAUGACUUAGAUUUAAUGGUGGACACCUACAUUAAACUCUAUCCCUAUAAAGCGGAGUUUCAAGAAGACUUUACUCCCUCAAACAACACUGAAGUAACAGGAGAUGCUUAAUUUUUUAAGCUCUACCCAAGCUGUUGAAACAGCUUUUAAUUAAGCUUCAACUCUGAGGGAAAAAAAACCUGAAAUCUCAAAUCACUGCAACUGUAUUUCCAUUUUAGGUCUUAGACUGAAGCAGUCGGUCAGUGACCCAGAUUAUGGUUUGUUAGUCUGCAUUAAAUGUGCUGUGCAAACAAAAUCAAGCCUGAAAACAAAGCCAUGCUCUUGGCAAAGGUGCUGGUUAACUAGGUGCUCAUGCAUUGCAUCUUGGAAAUUGCAUUGUGGUGGUAGGUCUGAUGGGGCUGCUACAUAUUUGCUCAUGAGUUAGGAUAAGAAAAAAACCACCCCCAAAAUGCUAAAAAGAGUAUUGACCAUUUCAGAUCUGUUACUUUAGGCUUUUAUUCUCUUGGAAACCUUUUUAAAAAGAAGUCUUUGAUGUAUAUUUAAAUGUCAUUUUGGAGAGUGGAUUCAGCUAUGGCACGAUCCCAGUGCUGUGCACUGCUCUCAGUGUAAAGAGAAUGUUAGUGGCAUAGAGGUACGUUUAUGGUUUCCUUGGAAGACUCAACCUCUUAAAUCUCUUAAUGACUGUUUACAUUCCUUUGUGUGAGAGACAAACCUUUUGUUUCUUUUAGGCUUUUAACAGGCAUGGCAGGAGUAUGGGAAUUCCUAAAAGACACUAAAAACUUAACAUUGAUUCCAUUCAAUCUGUUCUGUCCCGACUCUGACACAAACCCAUACAUCUUCUCGUCUGCUUAUUUGUAAACUCACCCAGGAGGGAUUAAAAUCAGCAUUUGUUGUUUGUCUAGAUGUAAGAUUGAAAAUACUGCUGUUAUUUUUGGCAAGAAUGAAACAUUUUUGUACAGUUUAUUGCAAUUGAAAAUAAAAUGUGAAUUGCUUUUUA